AUGGGAAUGCAAUGGCUGCUACACAGCUCGCUACUGCUCCUGGCGUUGUUUAAGGGCUCAGCGGCGGCGGAGGUGCUGGGGCCCCCGGGGUCCUCACCGCCGCAGGACCCGCCGGACGUCCGCGCCCCACCUGCCUUUCCCAGCUCGCCGCCGGACGUCAAGACGCCGGAGACAAUUAUGCAACUCUCGGGCGCCACGCGGCUCAGCUUGUGCGCCGACCUGCAGAAGCUCUUUUCCGACUUCCUGGACAGCGCCAACAUCUUUUCCCGAAACCAGCUGUGCUACAUCCAGCUCCAGAUCAGCGAAGGCCAAACCCUAGGUCAAAACCGCUCCCAGAGCCCGAAUCAGCAGCCCCCCCCGGACCUGUACUGGUUCAUCCUGAGUGCAGUGCUGCCCAGGUCCGAUGUCGCGCGGAGUGCCGUCCUCACUAUGGGCCGGCCCCAGGGCCCCGACAUUGGCAAGUUCCUUGCUGGCGCCGGCGUCCCCUGCGACGACCAGCUCAUCGCCACCACGCAGACUGAGGAGCAGGACGCCGCCUCCGUCUACAUCUACAGCUGCAACGGCAUGUUGAGUCUGCCCGGGAGCUCGGAGCCGCUGACCCUGCCCGCACUCUGCUGCUCGGAAAGGCCCACACAACCGGGGGGGGGGCGGAGCAGUUCGCCGCCACCGCCGCAGCCGGCGCUGCCGCGCGCAGAUUCGAGUAGUCCGCCGCCACCGAGGGACCCGCCCCCGCCACCUCUGGAGCAGCCGCCGCCGCGGCCUGUUGCCUCGCCGCCUAGGGCGUCCCCGCCGCCGCCGGGGUCCACUGCCGCCGCGCAGCUGACACUGUUUGUCAUGGCGCCCCUGGAGCGGCUGUCCUGCUACAAGCUGCGUCUAGCCUGCGAGACGUUGGCGCAGCCGUACGGACUUGUGGAGGGAAACUACAGCUGCCACGCCAGUGAAACAGCGGCGCCUAUCGAAGCGCGUUACGGCGCCAUGGCCGCUGUCGGCAGUCCAUCUGCUGUGGAAAGUACGGCGUACGUUAUCGUGAAGGCAGAGUGGUCUGCGCGCGCCUACGCUCGCUCCUUUCGGCGGCUGCAAGCCGCCCUGGCGAGCAGCAUUGAUGUGUUUGCCAGCCUGGGGGCGGUGCCGUGUGGCACGGAGAUUCAGUCCAAGCGCCUCUCCAAAGAGGUGGUUGCGGUGGUUGCGGUGCUGGCCGCCGCCGCCGCCGUGGUCGCUUCCAUCGUCGCCGCCGGGUACGUCCUCUACCGCGGACGGAGGCGGUUAGGACAGCCGCCCGCGGGCUUCGGGCUGAAGGGCGCCGCAGGCAUGGAUGGCCUGCCCCUCAUUACGGGCUACGGCCACGACAAUGGCAGCGGCCCCGGCGGCGGCGGCGGCGCCGGCCACCCAUGUCAUCAUCCUCAUCAGCGGCAGCAGCCGGCCCCCCUGCAGCAGCAGCAGCGCAACGGCAGCAGCAGCAGCUGGGUCGUCAAGGAGGGCCUCUACGCGGUGGUGGUCAAGGUGGUGCAGUCGGGGCUCUGUACGGCGGGCGCGGCAGUACCGGGCGGUGUCAGCGGGGUGGGGGGGUCGCUGGCCGGGUCGGUCUCGGGGUGCUCCUCGCUGACGGAGCGCAGCAGCGCGUUGGCUACUGCCACCGGGCUACUGCUGGAUGUGUCGGCUACGGCUACUGCUACUGCGGCCGGAGGGGGCGCCCGGGAAGGUGGUGUAGCGUACGGCAGCGCCUCGCUCGAUAUUCAUGACCACGACAGCGUCGCUGUCGUCCGUACACUCCUGCACGCCAGUAGUCCUUCACGGCCGCCGGUAGUGCCUGUGAUCCAGCAGCAGCAGACGCGGGGGGCUGCGGCGACGGCGGCGGUGAGCAAACCCCCGGCCGUGACGGCGGCGGCGGCGGCCAGGCAGGCAUCGAAUUUUGCCGCGACCGCGGGCUCCGCGAGUUGGGGUGCGGGGGAGCUGGCACCUGACGGCAGCGCUUUCGGCUUCAUGGACGUCUUCCGGGGCGCCGCCGCCAACCACAUUUGCCUCUCCACAUCCACGAGCGCCGCACCCUCGGCUUCGGGUGUACUGACGGCGGCGGGCGUGCCGCGAAAUAACCCGUUGUACGCGGCGGCCUGUGUCCACGGGGCCAACGGCGGCGGGGCGGGCUUUGGCGUCGGCGGCAUCACGCCACGCAUUGCGGACGAUCUCCUCCUCCGCCUCCGCCGGUCCUGUGGGGGCGGCCUGGCGCCAUCACAGCCAUCAUGGUCCGGGCAACACCGCUACGUAACAAUGCAGGACGGACGUCGGGCCCAAGGUGAUGAUGGUGGGUCCAACGAUCACCCUGCGUGGGGCCGUGCUGCAGCCCCAGGGGAUGAUGAUGCAUACAGCUUCCAGAUGGGGCACAGCGCGGCGGUGCGCGACCGGGGGCUCCGUCGCACGCAGCAGCCUCAGCAGCAGGGAGUGGGUGGUGGCUACCCGUCGGGCGGCUGUGGCGCUGGCUGGGUGGCGCAGCGGCCGCGGGAAGUGACGCUACUGGAGUUGUUCAACCAGCCGCCGCUAGCGGGUGCCAUGCUGUCGACGCCAUCAACAAGCAGCGGCGGCGCGCCGCCGUCGCCCUUGCCGUCGGGGGCAAUCCCGCGUCUGUCCUCGGAUGGGAUCACCACCGCCGCCGUCGAUACUGCUGGACCUGGAGCGGAGGCCGCCAGGCAGCCCUCCCUCAGCGGCCUCCGCCAGCGCAGCAGUCCCGCCAUUGCACUGGAGCGGUUAUCUGUCCAACUGGCCUGGAACAUCGCGCGGCUCUCCUGCAGUGUGGCAGCUGGUCAGGGUGAUGAGGGCGGCCCAGAUGGCGACGAGGCGGGAGGCUCGGGACCCGCCGGGGAGCCGCUUGUUGGCCAGCUGCUGCCGGCAGCGCCCGGGGACAGCCACGGCGGCAGCAGCAGCAGAACCAGCGGAGGGGACGGCAGCCGCAGCAGCGGAUCGGGUCCGGGGACCGCCACGUCAGCCUCGGCGUCGGAUGGCCGGUUCACGGUUCGCUCCGGAACCGUUGACACGAGCUCCGCCAGCGCCGCCCCGUCAUCCGAUUGGGAGCUGGCGGGGCUGUCCGCCAGGUCCUCGGCUGCCGGCCCCGCCGCCGCCAUCACCGCCUCAUGUCCGCCGCCGCCUCCGAACGGAGUGGUGGCCCGGGUGCCGCCGCCGGAAGCAGCGCUGGGCCGCAGGGCCGCAGGCGCAGUGGCUGGACCGCAGCAGCAGCAGCAGCAGGGCGGGGGGAUGGCGGCGGUAGCGGGGCCUCCACUGCGAACGACACCAGCAGCAGCGGGGCCGGCGGAAGCGACGGGGGCCCUUGAUGUACCGGCAAAGAGACAUGCGGCAGGUCCUGCCGCUGCCGGCGGGGCUGGUCCCCCGGGUGGUGGUGGCGGGGGCGGCAGUCUUCCUUGCAUCGGCGGGCAACGUGGCGGUACGGAUCUGGACAUCAGCCCCAAGGAGCUCCGAAUACAUACAGACGGACUGCUGGGGGCCGGCGCCUUCGGUUCCGUGUACCGAGGCUCCUACCGGGGGCAGCCCGUCGCCAUCAAGGUACUCCACCACCUGCACUUUGCAGCCGCCGCCGGCAGAGGGGGGCCCGGUGCGGGCGGAGGCGCCGCCGCCGGCGGGGUGCUUGAGCAGAAGGACGUGGCCUCCUUCCGCCAGGAGAUUGCCAUCCUGCGCAUGCUGGCGCACCCCAACAUCGUCCGGGUGCUGGGCGGCUGCGCGCACGCGGGACAUCCUUUUCUGGUGAUGGAGCUGAUGCCCCGCUGCCUGCACAACGUCAUUCACGGGGCGGCCGGGCUGGCACUGCCUGAUGCGCUGCGUAUUGCCACGGACGUGGCUCGGGGCCUGGCGCACCUGCACCCCGCCAUUGUGCAUCGGGACCUCAAGCCGGCCAACAUCCUGCUGGACGCCGAGGGCACCGCCAAGAUAUCGGACUUCGGUCUGGCUCGCUACCACCUGAAGCCGUACAUUAGUACGCAGCAGCCCGACGCGGGCUCUGUAGCCUACAUGGCACCGGAGGGUUUCGAUCCCGCCAUCGGGCGCCUCUCCGCCAAGUGUGACGUGUACAGUUUCGGUGUACUGCUCUGGGAGCUCAUUACGCAGGAGCACCCGUGGGCUGGGGAGAGCAAUGUGUCCAUCAUUUACCGGGUUGCCGUGCAUCGCAUGCGGCUACCAGUGCCCACAGACCCGCGGGUCUGUCCGCCGCGCUUGGCAGCACUGCUGCACGCGUGUAUGUCGUACGUGCCGUCGGACCGCCCUGACAUGCGCCACGUCUUGGGGGAGCUGGAGGGCAUGUCCGGGGCGCAGCAGCAGCAACCGGAAGGAGGUCUUGCGGCCCCGUUGGAGUGUGCAGCGGAGGCGGCGGUGUUGCCGCUAACUCCCCUACCCGCGCCUUCGCCCCCAAACAAGGAUGAUGACGCAGCAGCCGCGGCAGCAUUCGCGAGGGGCCCACUGGGGGCCCGGCAAACUGGAUGA